AUGACUGUUAAAGUAUUUGGUUCCCACGAGGGCAGAGACGUCUUAGCGGUCGACAUACAAUCGCCAGACGGGUCGACUACGGCAACUAUCAUCACCUUUGGUGCAGCGAUACGCGAUCUCUCUGUUCCAACUUCCACGCAACCUCGAAGUGUCAUUUUAGGGUUUGACGAAUUAAGCGGAUAUGUAGCCAACAAGCAAUGGCAUCAUGGAGCGGUUGCUGGCCGUGUCGCAAAUCGAAUCGCUCGUGGCCAAUUUACAUUGGACUUCACUCAAUAUAACAUCGAAACCAAUGAACCGACUGGUCAUACUUGUCACGGAGGAAACAGUGGGUUAGGUCAUAGAAAUUGGACGUUAGAAAAGUACGACAAGGGCUCGGCAACGUUGGUGUACAAAUCACCAGAUGGCGAUCAGGGUUUUCCCGGCAAUCUUCAGGUAUCAGUCACCUACUCCAUCCCCUCGACCGGUGUUUUCAGACUAGACUACAAAGCCCAAACCGAUAAAAAGACUCCAGUCAGUCUCACCAAUCACUCCUUCUUCAAUGUCGAUGGGGCUCGGGGUCCAGCUGUUCAUAACAAUCUGCAACAAAAGCUCACCAUUGAUGCCGAUCAAUACACCGCGGUAGAUAAAGAUCUCAUCCCCACCGGUGAACUUGCAGAUGUCGCAGGAACACCUUUCGAUUUCCGCGAAUCCCGCUCAAUCGAGCUACUCGAUGACAGAAGUGGAUCACCUUUCCAUUACGACUUGAACUAUGUUCUUCGAUCUCCUUCCAUUCCAGGUAAAUUACAUCGAGGCGCCGAGCUCAUCUCCUCAAAUGGCGAUCUUACAAUGGAGUGCUGGACUGACCAGCCUGGCAUUCAAUUUUUCGAUGGAGCUCCUAUGGAUCUCAAGGAUCGAGGGCUUGGAGGUGCGAUGAAUGGUUAUCGAGCUGGCUUGUGCCUCGAAACUCAGCUUUGGCCCGACUACAUACAUCACCCAUCUUUCUCACAAAGCGUAAUCAGUCCUGGUGACACGUAUACCCAUACGACCGAGUAUCGAUUUACAAAAGCGUAG